GUCACCCCGUCUCAAUGGCCGGUUCGGUUAUGGUUCCGUCCGUUUCAAUCGGUUUAGCCUUAUGUGUCUUAAUCUUCUUUGCUCUUUCCCUCAAGCCCCUCGAAGCUCGUGGAACCUUCGGCAGGCUUGCCGGAAAGCCACCGCAGAGGACUGCUUCCGGCGGCAUAUGUGCUUCUUCUGUUCACAUAUAUGGCUACAAGUGCGAAGAACAUGAUGUGGUGACUCAAGAUGGGUACAUAUUGAAUAUGCAAAGGAUACCGGAAGGACGAACCGGCACCGGCGCCGGAGAUGGUGGAAAGAGACAACCUGUCCUAAUACAACAUGGAAUUCUUGUCGAUGGGAUGUCAUGGCUGUUGAAUCCAGCGGAUCAAAAUCUGCCGUUGAUUUUGGCGGAUCAAGGAUUCGAUGUGUGGAUGGGGAACACAAGAGGGACUAGAUUCAGCAGAAGACACAAGUACCUUGACCCAUCUCAACGGGCUUUCUGGAACUGGUCGUGGGACGAGCUUGUGAGUUACGAUCUGCCUGCUAUGUUUGACCAUAUCCACGGCCUAACAGGCCAAAAGAUUCACUACCUCGGACACUCUUUGGGGACGUUAAUAGGAUUUGCGUCGUUCUCGGAAAAAGGGUUGGUGGAUAAAGUGAGAUCGGCGGCGAUGUUGAGUCCCGUUGCUUAUCUCAGCCACAUGACCACCGUCAUCGGCAAUAUCGCCGCCAAAUCAUUCCUCGCCGAGGCCACGUCCAUUCUUGGAUGGGCAGAGUUUAACCCCAAAAGUGGAUUAGUAGGGGGUUUUAUAAAGGCCAUAUGCCUUAAAGCGGGGAUCGACUGUUAUGAUUUACUCUCUGUUAUCACCGGAAAGAAUUGUUGCCUUAACGCAUCAACCAUUGAUCUGUUCCUUGCGAACGAACCUCAAUCUACUUCCACCAAGAACAUGAUCCACCUUGCUCAAACGGUAAGAGACAAGGAGUUGAGAAAAUACAACUAUGGAAGUAGUGAUCACAACAUAAAAUACUACGGUCAAGCGAUACCACCGGCUUACAACAUAUCGGCGAUCCCACACGACCUUCCGCUUUUCUUCAGCUACGGUGGUUUAGAUAGCCUGGCCGAUGUGAAAGACGUCGAGUUUCUCCUUGACCAGUUUAAGUAUCACGACAUCGAUAAGAUAAAUGUGCAGUUUGUGAAAGAUUAUGCUCAUGCUGAUUUCAUCAUGGGUGUUACUGCCAAAGACGUUGUUUAUAACCAAGUUGCUACCUUUUUCAAACGACAAGCUUGAUUAUAUUACCAUAUCAUUAGUUU